AUCUUAGCCUGAGGGCGGGAGAAGAGGACGGCUGGCUCCCAAGAUGGCGGCGGCGGCGGCGGUUUCCGCGGCGGCGACCGACUCUGCCUCAUCGGCCCCGGCCAGCGCCCGCGAAGAGGAGCUCCCUCGCCUGGAGCCGGCCGAGGUGAGGAGCCGCCUGGAGAGGAGCGCCCGGCAGUUCCGCAACCGGCGCAAGGUGCUCGUCCGGGGGCUGCCCGCCGACGUCGCUAACCAGGUGAGCCUUCUCCCCGCCCCCCUGCCGCCUUUCUCAGUCACCUUCUCCGGCCUGCGGAGGAGCUCUGCUGAACCCUCAAGCCUGCGCGCGCGCGGCGAAGGACGCUUCGCUCUCGAAAAGCGGCAGACUAAUCUGCCUCUGGCUGAGGGUGGACCCUCAAUUCCCAGCACCUGGCCCGACUUACUGCCUUUCAGAAGCGCUAUCUGAAAAAGUUUCGAGAUCCGGGUGAGGUAAUUCGCCUUUGCUAGCGAAGCAUCAUCACUGCUUUUCUCACUUCAGUUCUCACCAAGUAAGAGCUGAAAAACAGACGAACGAAAAGCCCUUGGCGAUUUUAUCUGUUCCUGGCUGUAUCAUUUCCUACAGCAAAGCGGUGGAUCUUCUUCAGCCUUCAAGAAAUCGAUCUUUGCAAACAAAGCCAGUCUGCCAAGGAAAUGUAGCACAGAACCUUCUCUCUGACAUAGGGUUGUAUGUGUAGGGAGUAUGGGGGAAUAUUCAAACCCUUCACCAACUCACGCCCCAGGUGCAACCCAGUACAGAUGCAAAUGGGAGUCUGACAUGUUGUUCAGCUAUUUUAAGGGGUGUUCACACACACAGUGAACACAUGAGAGACGAUUGGAUGACACCUUGUAGAUGGGCCCCUGCCGACAUGGCAACGUAUUUUCUGUUCACAGGUAUAGUUGUACGCAAACAAGGCUCUUGUCUUUGUACAUCUCUGUCUCACAGACACUGAAUGUGCAGCCUCCAGGGGAGGAAGAGUUGGUGUCCAGGGUGUGUGUUUAGCAGGUAUAUAGCCACCUUGGCCCCUCACACAUUCACUGAAGAAAGGGCAUGUUCUGAACGUGCUGCUAGUGGGAAGAGAUGUGUGUUCUGCAAUACAGACACUCAGACACCAUGGUUCACAAACAGACUUCAGACCGUGGAUUUUGAAUCUGACUUCCUGCCCACUCACACACCAUGACUUUGUUAGCUUGGACACCAUACCACAAACUAUAGCUAAGCCAUAACCAUAAUUCAGCAUGAUGUCUGAAUUGAGCCAGACACGUCAUCAAUCUUUUCUGUUUCUAUGGCUGUUGUAGAAGAAUGCACAUAAUCCUAUGGGGCUAGAGGCGACCUCUCAGUUGUGCAUUGUUUUGUCCUCAGCUAUGUAUCAUCGAUAUAUUUCACUACACCUUCAGUUUGUACGCCAUCUUUCUGUAUUGUUGUACUCAAGGUGGCUUACAAGCUGAAGAAACAACAGAAUAUACAGCCAGGAUUACAUGUCUUAUAAUGAUCUGAUCCAAUGAAAAUAAGUCAUAAUAAAAAGAACAACUUUAAAAUAAACAAGUUCUAUCAAAUAAAGUAAUAUUCAAUCAUCUGUUAGACAAAAUAUCAUUCUCAAAUUAUCAGCAAAUAAUAAUUAACCAAAUUCACUCUCAACAACCAGUGAAUCAUUACUAAACUAUCAUAAAGUCAAGUCACCAUACAUAAUAAUAGCACAAUACAUUCCCAUAACCUACGCAUUGUGUUUUUAAAUGCAGGAACCAGAAGUUAGGGUUGUAAACUGUGAAUUUAAAAGGUGAAGAAGUGCCAGGGGCAUUAGAAGGUGUGGUAUUUCUAUGCAGAGUCCAAAUACAUUCAAGAUAGUCACAAUAGCAGUCACUGGUGAUAACCAUUCAUGUUGGUGAAAAAAUGCUUAUUAUUAUCUUGUUUACAUUUGGACUUUCUAAAGAACUCUGACACAUCUACUGCUGCUCUCUUGUAUUGGAUAGAAUUUGGCCCUAAUGCUCAAUCUUUUUUCUUCUGUAACCCUUUCACCUGUCAAGUGAGUAACGUGAUGUACCUGCUGAAGUGGCUUUUACUCUGAAACUUAAGCAGUAAGAAAUACGUUGGCUUUUAAAGUGCCGGCGGGCUUCUUAUGUUUUGCUGCGUACAUUGCUAAAAAGAGAUAUUUGUUUUCUUGAGUUAGUUGGCAUCCACUUAGUGAGGUUGAUGAGCAGCAGUUUUAACACAGAAGGAAGAUGGCAUGUUAUUCACACAACACACCAUUAUACAUUGCUGAAAACCUUUCUCUAUGAACUGUAAAUUAAACUGGCCAUAGUUGUCUGCUUUGGAGGAAACAAAUGAGCAUGUUUUAUUACAGAAUAGUAGCACUCCAACAGAGUUGUUAAGGGAAAUACAGUGGUAAGGAAGCAGUGUGCUAACAUUUUGUCUUUGUGUGUUUACAUAUUUGCAUCUCUUUCAAGAUGUGUCACGGAACAUGUGAUGCAGUAACUUUGCUGAAACUAAUCAAGUGUGGGUUGUCUGGUCAUUGCCCACCUUGAGUUGGAUAAAUGGUGGACUAGAAAUGUAAUGAAUCUACGGCGUCUAUGCACAUUCUCAGAUUUAGUUCAUAGAGACCUGAGGGAAGAGUGCUGAAGCCGGAAGAACUCUGAUUUCAACCUUGAGCAGUUGAAAGACGGUUGGUUGAAAUGCCGCCAAUUAAUUGCAUGCAAGGUGGAGAGCUUAAAAGCUCCUUUUGUGCUAGAUUUCCUGGCACAGAAAGAGCUUUUAAGCUCUCUACUUUGCUUAUUGGUCUCUGUGAGGUCCUUGUGGGAACUCGCCAGCCUCGCUGGCGUCUCCCGGAGCUCUGUAAGCAAGGCAGAGAGUUUUGGCCCACUAUAAGUGGGCUGAAACUCCUAAAUGGAUAGAUACCAUUUAUUAGAGAUACAGUGGUACCUCGGGUUAAGUACUUAAUUCGUUUCGGAGGUCCGUUCUUAACCUGAAACUGUUCUUAACCUGAAGCACCACUUUAGCUAAUGGGGCCUCCAGCUGCUGCCGCACCGCCAGAGCACAAUUUCUGUUCUCAUCCUGAAGCAAAGUUCUUAACCCGAGGUACUAUUUCUGGGUUAGCGGAGUCUGUAACCUGAAGCGUCUGUAACCUGAGGUACCACUGUACAUGUUUUAUAAACGGGUUCUAAGAUGCACCUCUGUAUAAAUGUCUCAUUUAAAAAAAAAAAAAUUCUUGUGAGGAUUACAUUAGCAUCCACAUCCUGUAGUGGAGUGAAUUGCCUGAUCAGGAAGGGCAAUUGUACUUUAGAAAGGACAGUGGAACUUCAUAGGAAAUCCUCAUUGUGUACAUUUUACAUUAUUACAUAGAAACAGUUGAACAGCCCACCAGGUGAAGGUUUGACCCUGUGACCUGUCCUCAUUGUUUGGGUGAGAUCACUUGAUUCCCAAGCACUAUUGAUUGUUGCCAAAGUAUCAGAGGCAGGCUUCUAGAAUUGCCUUUAAUUGGAAUGUCUGCCUUUUCAAGGGCGUCAGUAACACCCUCUCCCUAGAGUUUGGCUAGGUUUAUGUCGGAAGAGUACAUUGGAGUGUUUCAAGCUGCCUCUGAGAGGCACAUUUCAAACCAGAGUCUUGCUUAUCCAUCUAUGCACUCUUGGUCUCAUGGUCAGAAUGGUGGAGCUAGCUGGCUUGGCAGAGUUUGACCUUGAGCGAGGUUGACUCCUUUCUGUGAAAAGAUCACACAUGCCUCAAAUGAGGUAACCUGUUCAGCUCGCCUGCUUGCCAGAAGUGAAAAGUAUCUUGAGCAAUAAGCGAAAGUGUUGCCUCAGGCAGCAUAAAGCACAUGCUAAAUAUUGGCUUGCUGCUGUUCAGGAAGACUGCAGUCUGGAAAGGAAGCUGAUCUCCUGUGGUGCCAGCUGUUCUGGUUGAUGAUUUAUGCUGAUUAUGCAAUUCCCUCAGUAAAUACAGAGCAUAAUGUCAUCUUUAAGUGGAGGUAUAGUGCCUUCUGGUUCUCUUUUAUUAAAACAUCUUUUUACUUGAAAAACAUUUAAUGCCAUCAACACAAAGUCAUUUGGCAACUAAUCCUUAUAAUGGUGAAUGUAGGCCAGUUUUGUUUGUGAAUUGUACCUUGAGACAAUAUUUAUUACUAGAUUUCUAUGCCGCCCUUCAUCAAAAGAUCUCGGGGCCAUUCACAAGAUAAAAAUACAAGAUAAAAGCACAAAUAAACAACAAAACAAUACCCCCCACAUGCACAUUUAAAAGGCUGUAGGAUGUUGUUCAGCCAAAGGUCUGGUUGAAGAGGAACAUUUUUGCCUGGAGCCUAAAUAUAUAUAAUGAAGACGCCAGAUUAACCUCCCUGUGAAGAGCAUUCCACAAAUGGGGAGCCACUGCAGAAAACUCCUCACUGCGAGAAGUGAAGUUACAGGGAACCAGGCACAGGGCCUUUUCAGUAGUAGCACCCACCCUGUGGAACACCCUCCCAUCAGAUGUCCAGGUGAUAAACAACCCUUUAAGUUUUAGAAGACAUUUGAAGGCAGCCCUGUGUAGGGAAGUUUUAAAUGUUUGAUGUUUUAUUACGCUUUUAUGUUUGUUGGAAGCUGCCCAGAGUGGCUAGGACAACCCAGUCAGAUGGGCAGAUAAUAAUAAUAAUAAUAAUAAUAAUAAUAUAGCAUAUCCAAAACAUAUCCAUUGAGCAGGUAAGUUUGUUCCUCGUUUAUCUCAGAAUGGAUGAUUUCAGAAUAAAUUACAACAUUUAAACAUAUUUUACUAUUUCAGAUACAUCAUGUGAAAAGGAAAAGAGCCUAUGUCAACCAAACCUUAUUAUAAACUGGCAACAGGGAUUGUCAGACCACACCACAGUAAAGUUAUUCUUAAUGUGACUUAACACAAUCCUCAGCUUAUUCAAUAAUUUUCUAAUAAUGUAUCCCAUAUAAAACAGAGAGAGACUUCUGUUUUCCAUCACAUUCAGUUUUGAAGUUACAAGCACUUUAACAAAGAAUUAUUUGUUUAAGAAGACUUCCCAAAACCAUAUUUGAUUAUUAUAGGGCUUUUAUGGACUUAGGAUCAAAAUGUGUAUCUGAUUACUUUAUUUGAGGGGUGGCCAGUAAUAUUACUGAGUUUGAACCCAGAAAGGGGACUUUUUAAGAGCAGAGCAUAUUUGCUAUUUGACUUUGUCAAUUCACACACACACACACACACACACAAUGUUGCCAAACUUUUACUCUUCUGCUCAACAAGAGAGAGCUUUUCAAACCAGUUCUGUGAAAACCUGAAUUGUGUGGCAUGUUUAGUUGGACUUUGUCCAAGCCUGCAAGAUAAAUCUUCAGAUAAAAAAUCCAGAACCAGGAAAUGCUCAAAGCAUUGAUUAGGCUUUGCUGGAGUUGCUGCCAGUACGUGGAUGCAGCUUUUACUAUAAAAUGAAAUACUCAUUUCAUGCUCUGCAGUUUAGCAGUGGGGUGUGACUGGCUUCAGGAAUGAGGACUGGGUGUAUUUUGCUGAAACUAUCCUCUGGGCAGAUUUUGGCCUCUGUGGACUGGAGUGGGGGAAGCGGCUGGGAUUCCUUUUGAUGAAAGAGGUAAUGUUUCCCACUCUGGCUCAAACUGGAUUUCUUCUGUUGACUUUACACAGGAAGUUCAUGAUCUGCUAAGUGACUACGAACUAAAGUACUGUUUUGUGGAUAAAUACAAGGGAACUGGUAAGUAAACUAGCAUUACAGAAUUCUCCUUUCUGUCAUAGGGUGGGUUGACUCUGUUCAACUCUUGACAAAUAAAAAAUAAUCUACUGAACCUAGCUGAAUGGACAUCCCCUUUCAGUUAAUCUCCAUUGAAUGCAGAUUCAUGGGUAACUAAAAGAUUGGGUUGAUGCACAUAGUUUAUGUGGGUGGAGGUCUUUUCUAAUAUUCUUCUUGCUUGCUCUCACUGCUGUGAACAUGUUGUUUGUCUUGGUCUUACUGUCCUCUGCGUGUGAUCAUCCUUCAGUUUUGCACAUUCAGCCAUAUGUGAGGUGGCUAGUGACUUCAUUUGGAAAAUUAGAAGCCCAGGAGCCCCAUGAGGUCUUGUAUGUGCCAUAUGGGGGUAUCUGGUUUUUGUGCUGGAAAUAACACCAUUGGCUUUUUCUGUUCAUUUCUGAAUAUCCAUAACUCACUCUCCACAGGUUGGGCAAGGCUACACAUAUAUUCUUCCUUGUUUAAACAGUAAGGUAUUGUUGUGCAUUAGAAAUUGUUCAUGAAAAGGAAAAGCUUCUGGCAUGCAUGCCUGAAGGUUGGUGGUUCUACUAGUGGGCCAUUAACCCCAUCAAUCCUAACAUCAAUCAAGGAGUGUGGGUGGCACUGUGGUCUAAACCACUGAGCCUCUUGGGUUUGCUGACAAGAAGGUCGGCGGUUUGAAUCCCCACCGCGGGGUGAGCUCCUAUUGCUCUGUCCCAGCUUCUGCCAACCUAGCAGUUUGAAAGCACACCAGUGCAAGUAGAUAAAUAGGUACCACUGCGGUAGGAAGGUAAACAGGGUUUCCGUGCGCUCUGGCACUCAUAAUGGUGUCCCGUUGUGCCAGAAGCCUGGAAAGCUGUCUGUGACAAACGCCGGCUCCCUCAGCCUGAAAAGCUAGAUGAGCGCCGCACCCCAUAGUCACCUUUGACUGGACUUAACCAUCUCUUAAUAAAAUAUUAAUUUAAAAUGGAGUAAAACUGGGAUUUAGAUGUAUGUGUAAAUACAUUAACGAAAAAAGAGGGAAGAAAGCAAACUUAGCAAGGGAUGAAUAUCAGCAAAUUUAAGUCACUUGUAUAUUAUUUGAACAGAGUAGUCACCAAGUUUAUAAAAGGCACAAAAUUUAUUUAGGAUGGGGAAACACCAAAAGUAACCACAGAUGUGCUCUUAAACUGGAUGUGUAACUCACACCGUAAGCACCUAAAAGUCUUGGGGUAAACAAUAUUAAUUUAUCAUGUCCCUGGCAGUUAGUUUUAUUACAGCAUCUUCCAGCUCUGAAUGUCAGAUGUUGGCAAUGAAAAGAAAAUAGUGGUCUGCGUCAUGCUGUGCUUGAUAUCUGUUGUUUGGCCACAACUAAAGACAGUUUGCUGGACUGCGUAGAUUUUCUGUCUAGUCCAGCAUGACAAUUCUGUUGUAUACAGACAACAACCAAUUAACGUGCAUCUGAAUGACGUAUGAUUGUGCAUGCCUGCACAGCACCGAACCCAGAAGUGACCCAAAAACAUCACUAAACACGUCAGAGGCACAACAGGGCAGGGCAUACCAAUAUGCAGUGGGCUGGGAACAGAACCUCUGCGCAAAAUGGUGAUUGACUGUAUACACCUUGAAAUCUAUGCAGAGGUUUGUGGGCCUUGACUUGUGUGUUGCUAUAUAACGUCUUGUCAAUAGCUUUUACAUAACCUCGAUCUCUUGCAGCUUUCGUCACGUUACUGAAUGGGGAACAGGCAGAAUCGGCCAUUAAGCAAUUCCAUCUGAGCAAGCUGCGAGACAAAGAGAUCACAGUGCAGUUACAACCUACAGAUGCCUUGCUCUGCAUUGCCAACCUGCCUCAGCUUUACACGCAGCAACAGUUUGAGGACCUGGUUCGGCCCUUUGGGAACCUGGAACGCUGCUUCUUGGUGUAUAGUGAGAAGACGGGGCACUCCAAAGGCUAUGGCUUUGUGGAGUACAUGAAAAAGGAUUCAGCAGCCCGAGCAAAAUCUGACCUGCUGGGCAAACAGUUGGGAACACGGACUCUGUAUGUUCACUGGACAGAUGUUAACCAGUUGACCCUAGACCUCAUUCAUUCAAAGUGCUUAUGCAUAGAUAAACUGCCACACAAUUACAAUGACAUAGAAGAACUGAGGCAGACCUUCUCUGCCAUCUGCCCUCCAACAUUCUGUCAGGUAAGCACCUUGGGCCACAGGGAAGAGGGCUGCCCUUCCUGUCCUUAGUGCAGCACUCAAAGCAGUUUCACACAACAGUCUUAUUGCACUUAUUUUAGAAUCCAUUUACCAGGAUAUUUCUGAAGCAACAAAAGAUCAGGCUGCAACCCCUUCCAGUUUGCUUCUGUGAAUAGCACAACAGUGUUGUGUCACAAAUUUCUUCAAUAAUGAAAUUUAGAAACUUACUGCUGGUCCUAAGUGCUUGGUCACUCACUGCCAGGGGAUUAACAUUUGGCAUAAUUUCCAGCUCAAAGAAAUUGGUUUGCUUGAAUCACACAACCUAUCCCAAACGCAAUAAGUUUGUUUUUCUGUGUGCUCAACAUAGAAUACAGUGGUACCUCAGGUUACAUACGCUUCAGGUUACAGACUCCACUAACCCAGAAAUAGUACCUCGGUUUAAGAACUUUGCUUCAGGAUGAGAACAGAAAUCGUGUGGCAGCAACGGGAGGCCCCAUUAGCUAAAGUGGUGCUUCAGGUUAAGAACAGCUUCAGGUUAAGAACGGACCUCCGGAACGAAAUUUAAAGUUUAUAUAUAGACUUAUGGUAAAACUAAUGAGUGAUAGAAAAAUGGUGGAAUGAUUUUUUAUUUUUUAUAGGCUUAACAGAAAUGUUAUAAGGAGUUAAGCACAUAUAAGUAUUUUAGUUUUAAUGGAAAAUAAGGUUAAAAAAUAUGUUAUUUGCAAUAUCACAGAAAAUGGAGAAAGAUGGAAAGGAUUUGCUGAAACAAUUAAUAGAAGUGGAAAACAAAAAGGGAGGUGUGAGGAGGUCGAGAAAACAAGGGAAUGAAAGAUAGAGUAUGGAAAAGAGAUGAUGUAUGUUUUUAAAUUGUUUUUGUUUUGUUCUAUUCAGGGUUAAGGUUAAGGAGUGGGGUUUGUUUAGCUUAGUUUAAUGUGUUUAGUUUUGAGUUUAGGUUGUGUUUUGUAUUGUUUAUAUAUUGUAUUGUAUUGUUUUUCCUUUUUGUUUUUCUCCUUUGUUUUUUCUUUUCUUUUUUUCUUUUUUUCUUUUUUCUCUAUUUUUGUAAUCUAUAAAAGUAAUAAAUAUUAUUAAAAAAAAAAAAAAAAGAUCGGACCUCCGGAACAAAUUAAGUACGUAACCAGAGGUACCACUGUAAUAGAAAUGUAGAGUUGGAAGGGACCACAAGGAUCAUGUAGUCCAUGUUGACUAGAUUGCACUUCUGGCCAGGGUCAAGGAAAUGUAAAGAACAUAGAAGCCUAAUUCUGUGGCCACAGAUAGUCUCUAUUCAAUUCUAUAUAGUUUUGAAAUACUGGCACCUGUCUCCUCCAUAUUUUUUGUGGUUUUCUAUAAACGUGAGAUGGGCUAUAUCCUUUUUGCCACCUGAUAGCUGUAGCAACAGAUGCAGCCACACUAGUAGACUGUUUGCCACACCAAUUUAAGUAGUAGUAUUAAUCUGUUGGGUAGAAAAUGUAAAAGACUCUGGCUCAGGCAGUUGCAUAUUUUAAAAGCUGCACAAGCCCCAUCAGUGCAAAUGGGAUAUAAUUAGCCAAAUUACCUGUUGUAACAGUCUGGUCAUUCUAAUAACAGGGCUAUUGGCUAUAACUUCACCUUCCUCUGCCCCCCAAUUCCAUAUAACAAAAUGUGAAUUGCAACAUAGUGCUUUCUUUGACUGCAUUGUUGGUCUUUUUGAGGGGGAAAGUGCUUGUUGGUUACCAACCUUAAGGCAAAAGAGGGAUGAGGUUGGCUGUUGUGAUCGUGCUAAUGAGACUCUCAUGGGGGGUUGCUGUAAGAUUGUUCUGUCAUUCUCCCCUAGCCUAGCAAUUCUCUUGUAGUAGCUUGGUUCUCUUGACAAAAUGAGGUGAUACAUGUCCCAGUAAGCCAGAGAUAACCAUUGUGGUGCUUUCCAUAUGUUGGACUACAGUUCUCAUCAUCCCUGACUACUUGCCAUACUGGCUAGGGCUAAUGGAUGUUCGAAUUCAACAUCUGGAGGGUACACAUUGACUACUUCUGUCCUAAGCGCAGGAGGAUUUACUGAUGCAGAAUCUUGCUGGGAUUCCCUUUGGUUGGCUCAAAGCGUAUAAAGCAGCCAUGUCCUCUUUCUUUUGUGCCGAGUCACCUUCUUACUGCCUUCUUUUCCUUUUGCAUAGUUGGCAUGUGGUCAGGAUGGGCAGCUAAAGGGCUUUGCAGUCCUCGAGUACGAGUCAGCUGAGAUAGCAGAGAUGGUCCAAGAGGCCACCAAUGGCUUGCCACUUGCUGGAAACCACAUCAGAGUGUCCUUCUGUGCUCCAGGCCCUCCUGGGAGAAGUAUGCUAGCUGCUCUGAUAGCAGCACAGGCAACAGUAAGGUUCAAUUCACAAUAAUUACUGUAUGGUUUUAUGUUGUGAGCUGCACUGAGAUUUUCUUCAUAGCAAGUGGUAUAAAUAUGUUAAAUGAUGCCUCUUCCUGUGGGUAGUUUGAAAUCAUCUCCUUGCCAAUAGUGUACCACCUUUUGUUCCUUUAUCCACCUUUCUCCUCAUGCCUGUAUCUUUUUAAGAGGUUUAUACUUUGGCCCAGAGCUGGGUGUUGCAUCUCCAGGGACUGACACAAUGCCUCCAUUGUUUUGGUUUUGGACAGACUUCUGCUCAUCAACAAGGCUUCCUCCUGUAGCCAUUAUCUGUUCUAUAUGGGCAUCCACUGUAUUGUGCGGAUGGUUUGAUACUGAUAGACUCAUUAAGUAAAAAGGAGAGCAACUUAAUUACAUUUCAGCUCACCUCAUUACAAGGGUACAUGUUUGAAUCAAAACAAAAUACAGCUCACAGAAGCCCAAAGGUCCCCCUCCAAUGGCCCAAUGUGGCAGGCUGUCUGUCUUAAGUGUUCUGUGUUGUAAACUGUUAGUUAUUUUGUGAUCUGAAACCUUAACUGUACACUCGGAUGCUCCCUUCCUGCAUGGUUAGAGUCAUGAUCAUGAAAAGGUUCUUCUAUCAGUUAGUGAGUCCGGGUGCCUCUUGAUUUUUGUUUUGUUUUGUUUUUUUGCUGCUGUUGCUUUUACAGGCACUUAACCGUGGAAAAGGGCUUCUUCCCGAGCCCAAUCUUCUUCAGAUUCUGAACAGCUUAGGAAAUCCUACGUCAGUCCAGCUCUUAUUCAACCCUCUCCUUCAUGGAGCCAUUGGAGGAAAGCAAGGCAAGUAUGCGUAAGUGGCCCUCAAAUAGGAUAUCUCUGAAAGCACCUUUGGUAUUGAGCUAUGUGAUCUUGGGGUUUCCUCCCACUGUGAGCCCAUUGAGUAUGUUAGAUCUCAGCCCUAUGUUAGAUCUCCUCAGCCCUACUGGCAUCUGCUAAUGGCCAGAUGUGUUGUCACUGACUUGAUUGGAGCUGCAAUCAGACAGGGAUUGUUUGUAUUCACGAUACAGAUAUGACAGUUGUUGUUUUUAUCUUGGGCUGUAGAAGAGCAGGUUCAAAAAGAUGGGAAGCUUUCCUCAGAUCAGAAAGAGCUUGAAUUCUUACCAAAUAUUUGUGUUGGAUACAAAAUGGAUAAGAUGGCACUUACAGAUGUAGUAUAUGCUUUAGAGUUCUUCAUGAGGCAACCAAAAUGGUGUUCAUUCUUACUCGUAGUUUAUCUAAUGUGAGGGUUUGUGCCUAACAAACUAGUGCUGUCAAGUAAGAAAAAAAAAAACUAACUUGGACUCAUUCAUCAAAAGCAAAAGUGAAUAAGGUAUUCUGAUAACUUUAAAAAAUGAAGGGUUUCACGGUUUGGGCUGUUCUUUUUGGUUCAGUUUGCAUUACUGCAGUAUUUUGAGAGGUUGCUAAGGGAUUCCCCACCCCAUUACAUUGGAGAGUUUUUAAAACUUUCCUUUUCUUUUUCAGGAAUCCUAGGAGCCCCUCCAUCAGUGCACCUGCUAAGCAACCCUGCCCUGUCCACAGCUCUGCUUCAGCUAGCGCUUCAAAAUCAAACACAAGCACAACAGGUAACUGCCAUUCAGUGUUGCAGGUAAAAUAACGUUGAUGUUAAUCUUUGCCCUAUCCAUGGAUGGGCUGGUGUUCCAGAUUGCGAGAAGAUAAAGAACAAUCUCCUUGUCUCUCCCCCCCCCCCGCUCCUAAAAAAACCCCUCUAUAUACAGAUACAUAUCUCUGCAGGGGCAGCGACUGCUUUGGAAACAAGUACCUUGGGGUUAUACCUGGGGAUCAUUCUCUUCCACUACUCACCAGCAGCCUAACUCACUUUAGCCUCACACUCAAAAGAAUCUAGUUGCAUCUAUUCUUUAAUUCUUCACUGGAACUUCUCUGUGUACUGUUGCAAUGCUAUGCCAAAUGGCAGGGAGAAUUUUAUCAGCUGUGGUUUCAUCUGGUUCCUACAGGGCAAAAUCUAGUCUGCUUGAUCUCCUGGUAAUAGAAAUGUCCUUGGGGUGGCUUGCAAACAGCAGGAGUUUGAUGCAGGCUCUUACUUUCCAACUUCCUUCUCUGUUUUUUCUUGUCUGUUUUAAUUCUUUUGGCUUUUAGUAACCCUGUCUCUGGUCUCUAUUUGCUUUCUGCUCCAGAAGGCAUUUCUUGGAAACUUGCUCUUAGUCCAAAACCAGGUCUGGACACAACUCCUGCAGAACAAGGAAAACCAGGCCAUAUUCCAUGUGAGUGGUAGGCCAGACCUGUGUGUGAAAAUCACGCUGCUUGUGUGUGGGUGUUUAUUGUGUGUACGCUGCAUGAAGGUGCACUGCAGGGACCAUCCUCCAGCUUUAAUCAUAUUCUAGUCUCACUGGGGAGGAUGUGUUGUGCAAGACAUCCUCCUAGAUCUAGGACUUCACCCUGUUUAAGCCUUAAACCCCAUAGUUUCAGGGGGGCUGGCUUGCGGUAGCAUUUAGCAUGACUAGUAGAAGGCUUUCUGAUAAAGAGAGGGUUCUUGGUUGAUGAGGAGCGUUCUUGUCAGUAUGCAAGUCCUCUUCACUGCCUCUUCGCUUCCUUAAGGCUGAAUGGGAGCACAUUUAUUCCAGUGAGUGCUGUGGGCCUAUGCACCAUCAAUUGAGCUGUACCGUUGUGGAGCAAAAUUAAUUGUGCAUGAUGGAGCAGUUCUGUACAUGGUGGUCUGAAGUUUUCCAAAUAUCUAGCGUUAUUUGACAAGGAGCAGUGGAGUAGAGGGCAAAGAGGUAGAGCUGCAAAAAAAGAAAAAAGAACAGGUCUGUUUUCCACAUCUCCAUCUCCUUCUGGAAGUAUACCCAAAUGGAUUGACAUAGGCCCUCUGAAUUUGGAUGGGGUAAACCUCUUCCUGAUGCCUCCUUGUUGAAAACCAUUGCUUAUCAGACUUCAGACUUUUGUUCUCAACAAGUUGGGUUUCAGAGCAUAGCUCUCUAGGCUUCUAUUCUGCUUUGCUGCCUCCAACCAUUGAUGGAAGAAUCUGCCACAAACAACUAUUAGAACUUGCCAUGGUUGGGGUGGAGUUGCAUCGGAAUUAAAUAGCCUUGAAGGUUGUGGUUUUGCCUGCUGUUAAUGUUGUCCCUGUUGCAGCUGAACAGCAAAAUCCAUCCCAACUAUCACUGUACAGGAUCUUUCAAAUAAUAGUAACUCGUAUACUCAGAACCAUGAUGCAAGGAAGUUAGCAGCCAGGACUUUCUGUACUGGAUUCUCUGAGGGUUGCUUUGAAAUGGAAAUACAGCUGUAGAAGAACAGUUGGAGAAUGGGAAAAGGCCAUGAGUGUGAUGGAAUUUAAGCUAACUGUGCUGUAGAAUCCUGUUUGUGUUGCAUUUGGGCCACUUGCAACAGCUAAACUCAAGUCUUCACCGCAAAGUCCUGUGAAGUCCAUCUGAAAGACAUUGGUGCACCUCUCUCCUAUCUAUAAAGUGCCAUCUUUCUCAGGAGCUUUCUAUGUUCUGUAUCUGAACAUAGCUUGCCAGGAGUGUCCGGUGGUACUCAGUUACCUGGGCACUGGUUUAGCAAAAUGAUCUGCCCGGCGUCUGUAAGCUGCAUUCAGGUGGUCUGCAGCAUGUAUGCAUUAAACAGUAAUACUGGUUUUCAAUUGUAUUCUUACUGCUUCUUUAGAUUCUUAUAUUGUACUUUAUUGUGUUGCAGUCUGAAUUUAAUAGAAUGCAAAAUGUUAGAAAUAAAAGAAACACUAAAAAAUUAAUUUUAAAACCAUACAUCACCUAGCACAGCACAAUUGCUGCAACAGGCAGAAAAAUCAUUAAGUGGUCCAUCAGCAAUUUUCAAGUGGUCCGUUGGGGGGGAGGAGCUUGGGAACCACUGCUCCUGCUCUAGAGACAUGAGUGAUGUGGCUGUAUGUAGUUGAUCCCUUUUUCCUUAACCAUUUGGAUCAGUAUGCCUUUGCCAUUGCCUUGCUUGAGAUUAGUGGCUUGUAGUGGGUUAUUGGCUUGAGUGUGUUGGAUUUUUAUCACACACAGUCUUGUUUCCUGUCUUAAUUGUGGGAACAUAUUGAUUUGUUUGUAGAAACCAGGAAUCUUGGGAGAGUCUCCGCUGGGUUCCUUGCAGCAUGCUUUGGGAAUGCAAAACACACCAACUUCUCAGACAGGAAAUCAGUUACUGAGUGAGAUGUCCUCAGGUAAGUGCUUUGUGGUAUAGGGUCAUAACAACAUCCUCUGCAGAAUUUAAUUUUUGAGUGAUGGUUUCUACUAGAAGCUAGGGAAAUUAUGUUCUAUAAAGUCAGUACCUAGGCAGUGAAAGUAUGGAAAAACUUAGGGAUCAAGGAAACUCCUGAUUCUUUCAGAAACUGACUGACCACAUAAUAUAGCUUAUCUGUUCUUAUUUUUCUCAUUUAACUUACUUUAUAGAUUUUUACUUUUAGUAAAAGGUGAAGAUUUAUACAAUCUGAAGAGAAACCACCUUAAUAACUGUUAACAUACACAAUUGUUAUACUUUGUAUUUUGGGUCUAUGGACUGCAAUAAAGCCGUGUGUGAAUUUUACCUUGCUGAUCCAAGGCCAGAAUUCUUUCAUCAUAACAGAAGGGAGAGUAUUUACUUGGGUUGCUGUAUAGCAGACUGUCCUUUGAAUAGGAGAAGGCUUUCGGAUGUAGUGAGAAGGCAAAAUAUUUUUUGUUUGUUUGAAAUCUUAGCAUAAUUGGUGCUGCACCUCACAGCAACUUCAUCUCAUCAAGAUCUACUCAUACAGCAACUACAGUAACUCUGUUGUUAUUUUUGCGAGCAGCAGCAGUUCCUUCUUCAGCUAUGUUCUGCUUGUUCUGGCCCACGAGAAAUCUUUCUGUGCAUUUUAUUUUUACUUCUCUUCACUUCAGAGUAGCUCCUGCAGCCCUGUGUGGAAAUUAGGUAGGUGGCGCCACUCCUCACAGAAGUUGUGUAGAGGAAGAUUGGCGGAGCAAAGAACUCUGCUAACAGAUCAAACAAGUAUAUCCUCAGGCCUGCAGUUGUUGAGGAAGGGAGAGGUUGCAGGCUAGUUGCACAGCAAGUUGUUCAGCAAGUCCUCAUUCGGAGCAGGAUAGCAUGGAAGGGAGCAAAUUAACUCCUUCCAUGCAGUGAGUCCCGUAGUGUUUAAUGAAGGGGUGUUUUGAGUCUUAGCUCCACAUGAAGCCACCGACCUGGGGAACAUAGAAGAAGAGUAGGGUUUGCUACCUUUCUUGCAUUCUCUGAAGGAGUCUCCCCAACCAUGUCUUUGUUGAAGGUGGUAGCAAACUUUCACCCCACCCAUUGUGCUCUUGCCCCCAUUGGAGCUUUUCAUUGCUCUUGUGGAAAGGACUCAGACCAGCAAUUUAUGUAUAAAUCCCUAGCAGGUUGGGUAGCCCCAUUUUACUCCCUUACUCACUGGCAAAAGUCCAGCAAAUGACUUUCUACUCUUUAAGGUAUUUUAACCACCAUGAAUUAAAGAAGUGGUUAGUUGACAACAUUUGAACAGUAAAUUGACUGUCCCAACCUGAUGAUUUGGGUUCCAAAACUACUUUAUUUUAGGAAGUGGCUCUCACCUGGGUGCAUGUCCUCUCCUUAGGUGGCUCCCUACCUUCUGAUAUGGCUCCAGGACCUGUGAAGUCUCCAAUCUUGCCUUCAGGAAACCUGCCUUUGCCAUCCUUUCUGGGACCAUUGGGAAUGGAGAGGGAGAACUCUGGGAUAGGACCCCACCUGACCCCACCUGGGCUGCAAGGCCUCACCACUUCUAUCCUGGGGUCUGUGAUCAGUGGGCUUCAGAAGCCAAAGCAGACAGAAAAUGGGCCUCCAUCAUCUGGGGUAAGUGUGAGGCUAUCAAUGAACUUUUGUGAGGAAUCCGGUACCUUGUGAAGGUUUACGUUUGUGAAAAUCUGAAUAUAUGUUAUGUGGUGCUUUUCUGUCCUUCAUCAUUGUAGUUCAGAAACAUGUGAGGGUCUUGACUGAAGUGCUUUUAUACUGCAUGAGAGCUUCAGUUGUGCUUUUCCUUCCUGUCCCUUUUCCCUUGCAGCUCUCCUCCUGCUUUUGAAUUCUUCAGUUCUCAUGCCCGCAUUGAAACCCUGGGAUGAAACUGUUGCAACUGGAUAGAAACAUAACCAGUUCCUAGACUUCUAGAUAUUAUUAUCACUAAAUUUAUUACCUGCCCUUCAGCAGCAGGUCCCAGGGCAGGUUACAACAAUUUAAAAUUCAGAAUUGAAAACAGUUAAAGCAAAUUAUAGUCACAGGAAUAGAGUGUGUCCUGAAAAAACCUAUCUUGGAUAGCAUAGGCCAGGGUAAAAAACAUUUCCAAAACCUGUAUAGUGAAGAAGCCAGAUGCACAUCUGUGAUGAGGAUAUUCCUCAUCUUCAGAGCUGCCACAGAGAAGGCCCUCUCCCCCUGGGCCACACACAACAAACUUCUGAGGGAGGUAUAUUCCUCAGGAGGUGGAACCACCAAGAGAAGCCCCUUAUAGCAUAACUGACUCCAGGGGUUUUCAAAAUUGGGCUGCAAGUGAUCAGCUGGAAGAUGUUCAGCAUAGUGUAGGCACUGUGUUUAGCCUGUCCACACUUCUGUAAUCAGUAUGUCAAAAGCAUGUUAUUAGAAGAAAUUAUAUUAGAAGAAAAACUGCCAAGUGUUUGUUGCUGAGAAUCUCUUUAAAACCAAUAGAUCACUUCACCAAGCUCCAACGUUGGACUUAACUUUUUAUUUUUUAAUAGAGGAUGCAUCCACCUUUUCUUCAAAAAAUAAAACUGUUUAACUUUUUUAUCACACAAUGUGUGAUUCACCUUUGUUAGGGGCACCAGCUGGAAACCUCUAGAAAAUGGUGCUCACUGUUGCCUCUCUUACAGGUCUCUCUGCUAGGAGAGCCACCCAAAGACUUCAAGAUUCCACUCAAUCCUUACUUAAAUCUGCAAAGUCUUCUCCCUACGAACAAGCCUGGAGGUAAGGUGGCCACAUCUUAAGUGGUAUUUGGCUAAAGUGGAUCUGUUGAAAUUAAUGGGCCAAAUUUAGACAUGUUAAUUUCAGUGGGUCUACACUGAAUAAAAGUUAUCUGAAUGCCACCCUUACUUGGCACAAGGGGAAAUGAAAGUACAAAACUGUGUCCUCUAGUACUUGCUAGAAAAUCUAAUUUCUGGUGUGCUUUGAGCUGUCUUAUGGAGGCAGGAUGGGUAAGAGGCAUGGCAGUUUUUAGUGCUCUUUCUGCCUGCAGCUAUAGACCUUGCAUGAUUAGACAAUGAGGGUGUUUCCUGCAGCCCUGAGGUGAGUCUAGAGGGGGACAAAGCCUUUCCUAUCCCUGGUUCUUCUACCGUGCUGCCUGCAUGCUGUUAGUCAGCUCUUUUGUCUUUGUAGGUGGGGCCAACAAAGCGUUCAGCUUGAAGACUGGUGUACUGGGCAAUGUUUCAAAUCCCAGAAUUCCACAGGCCUCCCUAUCUGAUGCUGUGUUGCCUUCUUCUGGGCUGACAGGAGACGGCUGUGCUUUUGACUACCAGCCAGUGAGUACUUGAAGAUCCAUUAUGGCCAUGGCUUCUGAAUAUAAACAGCAAGGUUAAAGUGCUGGAGUUGCUUUCAUUUAUCUUAAUGCCCUUUAGGCGCUGCUUCUUCAUUCUGUAUUAUUAUUCUGUGUGGCAGCAUCUGCUAAAAACAUUCUUGUUUAGACAAGCCUGCCCAGAUGCUUAGGGUGUAAUUUUAAUCUCUUUUAGUACUUUAUCUUUUGUAUGUUUUAGGGUUGUAAUUUUUUAUUGAGUUUAUUGCCUUAUCUUUUUGUAAAGUGCUUUGAGGUUAUUUUGCAAUCAAGUGAUGUAUGAAUUUUAUGAAAUAAAUGUUAUGUUCCUGUAGGCACAGAUUUCUAGUUCUUAUUGGUGACCAUAUCAGUUCAAAUGACAUAGAAUCAUAGAAUCAGAGUUGGAAGGGACCCUGAGGAUCCACACUCUAACCAACUCAGCUAUGAAAAGUUUGGGGCAUCACUAUAUCCAGUUUACACAACUCGGGAUUAAAGAGUUCCUGCCUUUUCUCUUUUCUAUCAAAAGGACUUGGGAACGCGAAUGUAUCCGCAGGCCAGAGAGACAGGGCCCCAGCUAGGUGGAUUUGCACACAACAAGCAGAAGGUAAACAUCCAUUGUUUUAAAUGCCUCUACCUAGCUUGGAUGGGGUAGAUCCAGAGGCAGCCAACAUGGUGCCCUUGCUGAACUGCAGUUCCCAUAAUUGCUGGCCGUUGGCCAUGCUGGUGUGAAUUGAUGGGAGUUGGGAGUCCAGCAGCAUCUGGAGGGCACCGUGUUGGCUACCCCUGGGCUAGUCCCAAGGCAGCUGCCUCUGUCAUAUUUAUAUUCCUAAAUACAGUGUUGUAUUUGAUAUGGUGGCACUAAAAAAUGUCAGCUGCUGGCCUCAUCCCCUGAAAGGCAGUAGGUUUAGAAUGCUGCAAUGCCAUAACUAUGAGAUUUGUCGUUAUGAAGUGUUGUGAUUUGUGCUAGUUUAAUGUGCAUGGAAGAUGGCCUGGUAAGGAACACCCACAAACUUGGCGGUUAAGAGCAAGCCGUACUUGAAACGGUCGCUAACUGUGUAGCAGAAUGCACAAGGAGGGCACAGAGCUGUGGAAGGUUGUGGGCGGGAAACGGACUCUUUCUUCUAGCCAUCCUGCAGUGCUGAACUGGUGACAAGUGCCUGCUGUCAUCCUCCUUUCUCUCCCUCUCCAAGGCAAGUUGUCACUUAGAAGCGCUGCAUAGGCUGGUGGGAGGGGCUCAGUCAUUUUUAGUUGUUGCUGUCCUACAGUGUGGAGAGGGGUGUGAGAAGCUCUGCGUACAAGGAGCCGGUGUGAAUCUUGUUCCCCUUUUCCAGGUGUCAUCACCUGGGUUUGAACGGAACAGCCUUGGAGCCCCUCUGCCUCCGUUCUAUUCCGGAUCCCCAAGCUCCUAUUUCACCAGCGGCCUUCAGGCUGGGCUCAGACAGAGCCACCUAAACAAAGUAAGAUUUCCCAUAAUGAUGGUUGUGCUUUGUUUUAGGAAGCAAAUUUGGAUAGUUUUGGAUGCUACACUGGCACACAAACAGCUCCAGUCACUUGCUGAUGUGGUCUCAUUUUUGUUUUGUUAUUUGUUAAAUUUGUAUACCUCUCUUCACCCCAAGAUCACAGGGCAGUUCACAACAUAAAAAUACAAAAUGUGAACACAAAAUACAUAAAAAGCAAAACAAAGACAAACUCAUUCAUUGGCUGUCUGAAAGCAUCCCCCCAUGCUUUUCAUUUGAGUUUGUGGCCACUAGUUUUCCCUAUGAUAACAGCUUUUGCACACAGCUGAAGAUAGAAAUGGCCAAACCUCAGUAGAAUAUGAUCAAGGGAGAUUGCAAACACUUUCAGAUAUAACCCACAAAGUGCAUGAGUUGCAGAUCUUGUAAAAGAAAAGGUGAACAUGGAAUUGCUUUGAUUAUUAUAGUGGGAAUAGAGAAUCUAUUUUGUUGUUGGAUUCUAGCUCCCAUCAGCCCCAGCCAUCACGGCUGCUGGUCAGGGAUCGCAAGAAUUGUAGUCCCAACAAUACCUGGAGGGCAAGAGCCUGGAAUAAGAAGGAAAAUAUUAGUAUAAUUAUCCAAGACUGGAAACAUUGGCUGGGAUCCAAAUAACAAGAGAACUAGUUUAUGUGCCUAUACUGUGCUCUGGGCUUGCUUUGCCAACAGCAGACCCCAUGAUACAUUGUAAACCUUUUGGAAACUGAUGAUACUUUUUAAAAAGCAUUCUGAUCUUGCAUUGAUCUGUUUAAAGUGCAAGAUCCUGAUGGACAUGCCUUGGCAAGCGUAGUGAUCUGUUCUUGUAUUACUAGCAGUCUCAAAACCUGCAACUGCAGAACCUUCUGUAGAUUGACCCCAAGAUAUAAAUUAGUCUAAUUUCAUGCUGUUAUUUUGCACAGGGGCUUUCUGGCUUCAUUUGUUAGCGUGAAAUUCUUGGAUGCUUUUCUUCAGGAACUUCAAAGAAAAAGUAUUUGGAAGGAAAUCUCACAGGACAGCCAGAGAGGUUGGGGAGCAGGCUUACAGCCAUUCUAAGCAAACAAGCCAGCUCACUCAGGCCACUUGUGAGACCUAGCUUUGCCUCCAUAUCCCUGAAGGACUGACAUCUUGCCUUUAUCAGUGUAGUGUUUUUCAUAGAAUCACUCUGGGUAGUGGAGGGGGGUGUCAGCCUCGCAGUCAGAAAUGAUGUUAGUUCUACUCUUGCCUUUUCUUCCAGGCAGUUGGGAUGCCACCUGUGAGUGCAGCAGAUGGCAUCAUGGGACUAGGACCAACAAGUCACUCACACAGCACCUACUCAAAGGUGGGUUGGUACCGCUUUGACCUUUGAAACCUUUAGCUCCUCCAUGUCUUGUCAUUUCCCUAAUUCUGCCUCUCUUCCCCCUCAUUGCUUUUGCAGACUCCGGUUGGUGGCCAGAAACGGGCCUUUUCCCACCUGCUCCCAUCCCCAGAACCCAGCCCAGAAGGGAGCUAUGUGGGUCAGCAUUCUCAAGGCCUGGGAGGGCACUACGCAGACUCCUAUAUGAAGCGAAAGAGGAUAUUUUAAUCAGUUUCCUAUAGAAGCACUCACUUUUCUCCUUCCCCAAAUAUGUAAAUUUUUGUAAAAAUGUUUUUAAUGUUUUGCUUAGACUUGGUUUUAAGACUCGGUGCAGAGGACUUGGCUUCUGAGCAUGGGAUCCAGUGCAAGCACAUCCUGGGCUUUGAAGAUGAACCCUUGGUGCAUUUUGCAGCAAAUUCCCCUUUUCCCUAAGUGAGGCUAUUUCGACAAUCAGGAGAAUCACCACCAAACUGCAGACAGCUCCCUACUGCCUCUCAGUCAGCUGGACCAAAAUGAAACUGGAUGCCUUUUCCCUACUUGGGCUCCUUCCUGUUCUGUGCUCUUAUUGCAGUAUAUUCUACUUGCAUGGUCCUGUUGAGCAAGGGCCUUGUCUUCUAGAGAUACGAGUGUCUUGCCUUAACACUUUUUCCAGCGAAGGAAUGUACUUGCAUUCUGUAGGUGCCUCUGGAUUGCUGCAGUGUGACAGAGCAAACUACUAAAGAGGAAGAAGAUGGCAACGGAGAACUCUUGCGUCACGUUGGAAAACACGGUCCUGGUCAGUUGCAGCCUGUCACCUUCACUAUGCUCCUGCGGCCCCCAGGUAGAGACAUGACUCUGCCUCCCCUGCAAUCUGACUUUGCUUUUAUUUUUUUAAACAUUAAGUCUGUGUACUUAUUUUGGUUAUGAUUAAUUUGUAAAUUACCUUUUUUUUAAAAAAAAAUCCAUGCUUUUAGUUACUUCCUUUAAAAAUACAUAGUUUAGAAGUGUGUGAUCUUGGUAAACUCUAUGAACUUGAUUUACUUGUUUUAAAUUCUCUCCCUCCUUGGGUUGUUGCUGUUUUUUCAUUGGUUUAGACCAAUUCCCUCUUGGGUGCAAAGGUUUUUUGAGUGAGUGUGGUUUUGUCUUAAUGCUGAUCCUGCAGUCUGAUAACACUUAAGCCAGGCUCCUGUGGCUGGGUCUGCCUUUGGGUGUUGUUCCCUGGGGUGACUUAGAAUUUUGCUUAGUGUUUUUCCAUCUUGGUGGCAACAGGAGUCCUCCAUUUGGCUUUUUGAGAGGACCCAGCUUUGAAGCUACACCUGCACUUUUUGCAGAGCUACGAUUUUUGAGUGGGUUCCACUGAACUGGCAUUUUCCAGCUCCAGUCUGAACUUAAUGGGCUGUGAAUGAUCCUCUUCCCCUUACACUGGGCUGAGGGUGAAAAGAUGGAAAGCACAACCCUAUUCUACCAGGACAUUUUCUGAACAAGGUCCAGGUUUAGCUUGGUACAGAGAUAAAUAAAUGGCCCUAUAAGUUGCUUAACCAUCUUAGGUUCACAGUAGUUCCAUAUUACCCAUUCUCAGUGUGUGGAGUUUGCUUUGAGACAGAGAAGGGGUCUGUGGCCUUUUUCCUGGGGGAUUUGUAGUUUAGCCUAUAUACAUUUUCUGUUUUAUAAACAUGCUAUGAUGAUUCUACUGUAGAUACUGCUUGGUUAGCUGUAUAUGUCGUGGGAUUUGAAAUCCAUUGGCAGCUGGAUACCAACUUUCCAAAGUAAAGUUAUAUUUAUAUCAAA